AAGCACCAACGAUGAGAAUUCAGACAAAAGAAAACAUUUUUGUUGUACAAACGUAGAGAUUUUCAUUUCCUCUGUGCUUCCCCUCCGUGCCGUGCCCGUGAGGAUCAUUUUAACUGGUUCAGAUUUCACAACUCUCUUUCUACGCAAUUUGAUUCUUCAUCAUAUCUCUUUUUACACCAACAUACAGGAGCCAGUAUUUCCACGAAAAUCCAAAUCUUGGGCAUAUUUUCGCGACCAAAUCGAGGCGAAGAAUCUCAAGUUUGGUUGAAACUCGUGUAAAUCGGAGGUGGGCGGCGGCGGCGGCGGUUGAUCGGUGAAGGCGAGCGAAAAUGGCGGCGAGAUCAACCGUGUCGUUGAUCAGGAAAGCAGUUCCAACGGCAAGGACAACAGCAGCCGCCACGACGUCGUAUAUAUCAUCCUCGAUUUUCACGAAUUACCCUCUCAUCUCUGCUCUCGUUGCCUUCACCGUUGCCCAAUCCAUCAAAUUCUUCACCGUCUGGUACAAGGAAAGACGGUGGGAUCCCAAGCAACUUAUUGGAUCUGGUGGUAUGCCUUCGUCCCAUUCAGCAACUGUAACUGCUCUGGCAGUUGGUGUCGGUUUGCAGGAGGGAUUUGGAGGUUCACUCUUUGCUACAUCAUUGAUUUUAGCAUGUGUGGUGAUGUAUGACGCUACAGGUGUAAGAUUACAUGCGGGACGCCAAGCAGAGGUCCUGAAUCAAAUUGUAUAUGAACUUCCUGCUGAACACCCUCUUGCAGAAAGCAGACCACUGCGCGAACUUCUGGGCCAUACCCCCCCUCAGGUCGUUGCCGGUGGAUUGUUGGGAGUUGUCACAGCAGCAAUUAUUCAUAUGAUUGCAUACAUUGGAACUCAAGCAAGAUAAACUAUGAUAAUCAAACCGCAGCACUUUUAGCCAAGUUUCACAGAUCUGUAAUUUCGCUUCUAGAUUGUUUGAGAUGGUGUUUAUGUUUUACAGUGGACAUUCUUGUGUGCAAAUACCUUCUUUCCCUCAAAUACAAGGGAAGAGAGGGUGACAAGGAGAAAUGAUAAUGGCAGUUCACUGUAACUUGUAAAAUGUUAGGGUACCUCUGAUGUUCAUUAAAUCAAUAUGAAGUGUCCAGUGGAAUUUAUACUGA